UUCUACAUCCGGUGUGUUCGAACCUUUCACGAGCAGCGGAGGCAGACGAAGAAUGGAGAGACCCGCUAACGGCCGUUAGCUUGAAACAUCAGUAACAAGUAGAGCGCAGCAAAAAAUUCUUAUGAAGCUCGGGGCACUCGUCUACUUUUGACGUGAGGAAUACACAAGCUGCGCUCUAAUGGUCUGAACUUGCCACAUUGAAGGUCUUCAUCUUUCUGUGACAAAUGUUGAGGCCCAACAACUGUUAAUGGUGACAUGGUGAGGUCGGGGAGGAGUAUCUACUAGUUUCCCCAGAUUCUAGCCAAUGAGAGUAAUUGUGCCAUCCAGGUGUUGCCAGUGACCAGGGCUGUGGCUGUGGUGGGCCCAGCCCAGGAGGCCUUCUUGUUUAUCACUGCUGGCUCCCGCUGACUUGUGCUGUACAUACCAUGGAUCAACAAAGAGACAAAUAUGGCGAGCGGCCAGCAAGAAGCACCAAAGUUUCCCAGGGAAGUCGAAGUGGACACUCGUCCCGGCCAUCUGGCUCCUCAAGCUCAUCAGGUGUCCUUAUGGUGGGGCCUAAUUUUCGUGUGGGGAAGAAGAUUGGUUGUGGAAACUUUGGUGAAUUGAAGCUUGGUAAGAAUCUCUACACAAAUGAGUAUGUUGCUAUUAAACUGGAACCUGUGAAGUCAAGGGCACCACAGCUGCAUUUGGAGUACCGGUUCUACAAAACUCUGGGAAAUACAGCUGAGGGCGUGCCCCAGGUGUUUUAUUUCGGGCCCUGUGGGAAGUACAAUGCUAUGGUCCUGGAGCUACUAGGCCCGAGUCUAGAGGACCUCUUUGACCUUUGUGACAGGACCUUUUCACUGAAGACUGUCUUGAUGAUAGCAAUUCAACUGAUUUCUCGAAUGGAGUAUGUGCACUCUAAAAAUCUAAUCUAUAGAGAUGUCAAACCCGAGAACUUUCUCAUUGGCCGGCAAGGGAAUAAAAAGGAGCACAUCAUCCACAUCAUUGACUUUGGCCUGGCCAAAGAAUACAUCGACCCAGAGACCAAAAAACACAUUCCAUACCGGGAGCAUAAGAGCUUGACUGGUACUGCCAGAUACAUGUCCAUCAAUACACACUUAGGCAAAGAGCAAAGCCGACGAGAUGACCUGGAGGCCUUAGGCCACAUGUUCAUGUAUUUCCUCCGUGGGAGUCUACCCUGGCAAGGACUAAAGGCUGACACACUGAAAGAAAGAUACCAGAAGAUUGGAGACACAAAACGUAACACUCCCAUUGAGGUCCUCUGUGAGAACUUCCCAGAGGAAAUGGCCACCUACUUACGAUAUGUGAGACGGUUGGACUUCUUUGAAAAGCCAGACUAUGAAUAUUUGAGGACUCUGUUUACUGAACUAUUUGAGAGAAAAGGAUACACCUUUGACUACACUUACGACUGGGUCGGCAGGCAGAUACCCACACCAGUGGGAUCUGUCCACAUAGAUUCUGGUGCAUCUGCUGUCACAAGAGAGAGCCAUCCCCACAGGGACCGACCAUCACAGCACCAACCAAUUAGAAAUCAGACAGCAGUCUCAGAUCGACGAGGAGCAUGGGAGGUGCAGCCCACACGACAAGCAAACUCCUCCUAUCUGACCUCCCACCUGGCAGCGGACAGGCACGGGGGCUCAGUGCAGGUGGUCAGUUCAACCAACGGGGAACUUAAUGCAGACGACCCACUGGCUCAUUCCAACGCUCCAAUAACGGCUCAGGCAGAGGUGGAAGUGGUCGACGAGGCCAACUGCGUGAAAAUGCUCAACCUGUGGUGCUGUUGUUUCUUUAAGCGAAAACGGAAGAAGAACACACCGAGGCACAAAUGAUGACCCAGCACCUAACUGAAACGAUCCACAUGUCCGGCUCAGUUGAUUGUGAUUUCAGAAAUCAUGAAGAUCCCGUUCAGUUAUAGAGGAAGUCGACAGAAAAAUCUUGAUUAACAUGUUCUCUGCUGGGACCAGUUAAAUCGGUUUGAGAUGUACAAGUCACUUGUGUCUUUUGAUGGGAGUCCUGUUUUUUUUGUGUUUGGUCCCCUCUGCUUAAUUCUGUGGGGAUGUUUUUGUAGGUCAGCUGGCCAAUUUGGGAACCACUUUGAUAGACUCUUGCACAGAAUUUGUUUUUGUUUUGUUUUUCCCACUCCUCCACAAGACGCCUAACAUGUAUUUUUUUUUCUUUCUUUUUUUUUUGUGUGUGUUUUGGGCAUGAUUUUUUGCUCCAGUGUCUCUUCUAUGGUAUUUUUAAAUGAAGAGAUUCAUCCUCCUGUGGACUCUCACCAUCCUCAGCCUGUUAUGUGCUAUUGUUUUCUUCUUGAUUCAUGUAAUGAUUAAUUUCUCCUCCGUAAAGUCCCAGAUCAUCUUGCUUCGCCCAUAGUUAGUUUUCUGACUCAUUUUGACAAAAAGCCCUCUUUGGGCGUUCCUGACGCAGGACUGAAUGUAAACCUGAACACAUGAGGAGCCAAGAGUGUAACUGCCUAUAUUCACACACAGGCGCAACAAGCAGCAGUAUGCCGUUCGGCUCCUGCACUUUUUCUUUUUUUCUUCUCUCCAAAGAGGUCCACCCUGGCACUGGGAUCUGGGCCUUAGAGAACAGAAGACCAGAGACUUUUCCUGCACUGUGUUCUCUGAGCUGAUUUCUGCUAACACUGCUUGAUCAAAGCACUCCUCUUAACCACGAUGCCAUCAAAAUACACUACAGUCUCUUUUGACUCAUGCAGUUUUGCUCCUGUUGUCUUUGUGAUGAUGAGCAGUUACCUGACAUUUGUAGAAUGGGCUGAAAAGCAAUGCUAUUUAUGCUAUUUAUCUCUCAGUUGCCGCUAGUUUUCCUACUAAUUCUUAAACAUACACAUUGAAUGUAUGGACAGAAAAGUAAAUGACUUUGGAGUAUUGCAAUUAUCAUGUGCAUGAAAAGGAAAUCACAGUUAAAGCGUUAAAACCAAUGUUUGACAAAGAAAAAACUUGAGACCAAAACUAGCUAGGUUUAUGGGUUAGGAGGGUCUUAAAUGUCUUUGAUCUUAAUAAUGGACUCUUCAACAGUGGACAUUGGGGUGUUGCUUUGGAGUGAUUUUAAAAAAAGAAAAAGAAUAAAAAAAAAACCAUGAUUUGCUUCAGAGGAUCACACCCUCUAAAACACCUCUGUCCAAUGCCUUAACCCCGAUCAACCAACCGACUGACUGACCAGUGCAUCACAUCACUAGGUGGACAAGAAGUUAGCAGCAUGGUUGUGAGACUCGCUGUUUAAGUUUUGAGGUCACCUGCAUAAUGAAGCCCAAAAUCAAAGACAGUUUGCAGCUGUCGAAGCAGUUGACGGCUUCCCUUGUUAACACAUUGAAGAUUUAUCCCCAAGAAAGCAAAGCCAAAUGGAAGAUCUGGUGUAAUAUGUAUUGGUGUAAAAGUAUUUCUGCCCUACAUGUGAAGACCCCUGUGCUGCAAAGCAAUGUUUGAUGUUGGGACGACUGCUGAAUCCCGGUCUCUACUGGGCGCCAAAAUGGAAACCCAAAGUUGGCGCAAGUGAGGCAUGGAGGCCUUGAAAUAAUCUCAAUAUGUCACCUUGCCUAUCCUCCUAUCAGAAAAGUGUAUUACAGUCUUUUUUUCCCCUAUUUUAUUGUAAUGUGAAUUUGUUUAAUGCAAUUUUUUUUUGUUUUUUGUUUUUUUCUUUCCAUUCCAAAUAGCCAUGGUUUUAUGGGGAAAGAGGGGAAACAAAGCUUGAGACCAUGACUGCACUACAUUUGUUGACCUCCAGCUUUCCCUGACGAAACCCUGCCUUCUUAUACUGUACUUUAAAUGUGCUUAUUACUUUAAUUGUAGCUGCCUCAUGUGAUAGGCCUUCCCUAUAGGGUGCAGGGAAUUCACUUUAGCUUUUUUUUUUGUUGUUUUUUUUCCCACGCUCAUCUUUUGUGCCAUGCCAUCUUCCCUUUACUCCUCUUCCCUCUUUGUGCACAGAUGCAAGUCCAAGAUAAGUUGACUCAGCAAUGUGUCAGAUUUGAUGGUUUUCUUUUGGACGUGCUCCACCAUCUUUUGGAAAUGUUGAUGUUGCAAAUUAUCUCAGUGAGUCAGUAUGUAAACCUGCUUGUUGUGUGUAUUUACACUGUAUAGCCUUUUUGGUUUUUACCCCCCUGACAUGUCAGUUAUUCCGGGGUCUAAGUUAUUGUGUUCUUGAAAGUACUUGAAAAUGAAAAUCUACGGGACCUUUUUGUUUGGUUUUUUAUUGACUUGGUUCAUAGUAAUUCCACACAUAGGAUUUGAGGGGAACAGAAGAGAAACAGGCUAUUUGAAUGACAGGUAUUCAUUUCAGUGAGUUGUUUUAGUGCCUCUUAAGUGUUUUGGCCAGGUGAGGUUUGUUGCCUGUGGAGUCCUGUUCUAGACUGGCGUUGAUGACUAGAUGAAGGUUAUGUCACUGUUUCCACCCUGAGGAGAUGCAGUUGGAUGUUGGUUUGGAGAUUAAAGUCACUUCUAUGUCUCUGCUUAACGUUAAUCACAUUGUAUUUUGAGCCUUCACGUCCCCCCAUCCCACCCCAACAUGCCAAACCAGUGACAUCAUCUGCUUGUGAUCCUCCCCCACAAAACAUCAGUGGCAGCUGGACUGUUUGACCCCAGCUACCUGAGAUAAGCUGAAAGUUUUCUGUGUUGAGAGAUGGAUAUCAUGACUAGAUAGCCUUCAGUGCUCCCCGAGUGCCAUUUCUGAAACUACUACUAACCCAUGCCUUUUACCUGUGCCAGAAAAAUAUGAAGAUGAAUGUUUUUCUUCACCUUGUCCUUGAUUUGUCCACCAUCAUUUAAAAUGAAAUUUUUUUUUCAAAUUCAGAGCAACAUGGCUCAGUGCUGUACCUGGAAGUGUUCGAGUCAUUUCUGUUUUACUUAUUGUCGAUUUUGAAAAGGAAAAACAAAAGGAAAAAAGCACCUAUGUAUCGUUCAAGCCUAUUGUUUCAGAGUUUGUGACUGAUCAUCUUUGCAACAUCGGCUUCGUGUUUAAACUGUGGGUCUAUGUCUGUACCCCAAGGCUGAACUAGUAGAUAUAGAUAUAUUACUCUGAUGUCUUUGCUUUGAACCCGGCGGGCCCUGUAGUACUCUGUAUGAUCUGUAUCUGCAUGGCUUCUCUGGAGACGAGAGCAGUCUCUCUUAAGGUAGUUUUUUCAUCCGCAGGGCUCGUGUACUGUUGGGUCGGUGAAACGUUACAGCUUCCAGUUCUCGUGUAUUAUAAAUAACUUUCAAGUCUUCUCGUAGCACAUCCCAUUUCAGUUCCCAUAAUUUCUUACAGGGUUUAUUUCAGUCAGUCGUGUUGAUGGCUUUGGUUGUGAGUAAUUCAUUCCUGUGUGUCAGCUGUGUAAAUGAAAGGACAGCUGAGGUGUGAAUGAAUAGCUUCUGUCUCUGGGUUCUCUGGCACUUUCCUUGUUGCUGUACUGUUGAAUCGUGUUGGAUUUACUGUAUAUUUUUCUUUGAGGGAGAGGUGUAGGAUGACAUUUACUGCAAUAUUGUGAUGAUUAUUUGAACUGUAAAUUGUACAGUACAAUAAUAGUCUUUGUUGGGAGUUCAUAUAAAGACAUUUUCUUGAUUUUUCUUUUUUUCUCUUCUUUUUUUUUUUCCUUUUCACCCCCUCAGACUGUGGUAAAUCAAGCUGUACAGCUCCAAGAGUUUAUCCUACCCUAAUUUUUUUAGAGCUAUGAUUAAGAGAAAUCUUAACUGUAAAUAAAUAUUACUGUGUUGAAAUAUGAAUGUCACUUCAGAAAUGUAUUUGAAUGGGUUAGUCAAGGGCUUCAAGAAUGAAGGACCCUCACUUCAUUUUAUGGUUUCGUAUUUUUAAUUUGCAGAAAGGUAAAGGUCCUUUUUAUCUGAGAUGACUUUUUCCCCUCCCAUCAUACAAUACAGUGAACCAUGAACCUUAUAAAAAUCACUUUUUAUUCCCUCCACACCUAAAGGGAAACUCCAGUUUGCACCCUUUUUUAUGUAAAAUAAAAGAUCUCUCCACCUUG